AUGACGACCAUCGAGAACCUCAAGUCCAUCGACCCCUUCGCCGAUGCCGAGGAGGCCGACGUUGGCACUGCGUCUACCAAGAAGGCCCAGGACUACAUCCACAUCCGUAUCCAGCAGCGUAACGGCCGCAAGACCCUGACCACCAUCCAGGGCCUCCCCCGCCGCUUCGACCAGAAGAAGAUCCUCAAGGUCAUCAAGAAGAAGUUCGCCUGCAACGGCACCAUCGUCGAAGACUCGGAUCUUGGCGAGGUCAUCCAGCUCCAGGGCGACCAGCGCAAGAACAUUCACGAGUUUCUCAUCGACAAGCAGGAAGGUCUUGAGAUGGACGCCAAGCUCGUCAAGGUCCACGGUUUCUAA